CAAUACAUCGUCUUCCUCAAUUGCAUUACCAGUUCUACUCCCAAAUUCUGAAAUUCCCAAUUUCCGAAGAAGAGAGAGAAAAUUAGGGUUCUUAUUUUAGCAGCAGCAGAAAAAUUGAAUGGUGGUAGAGAAAAUGCAGAAGGCAUUGAGAGCCUAUGCUGAGGUACUGAGGUUAAUUAGGCGUCUUCCCAAAGAUACUCGCUCUUAUUAUGCUAAGUAUGCUCGCGAAAAUUUCGUCAAUUACAGAGAAGUUGAUGCUGCCGAUUCCGCCGCCAUUGAUGAACUUCUUAAUCGCACUUAUGCCCAUUCUAUUUGGGUCCUUCACAAGUAUUCUGUGAAAGAAGGUGCGGCGGAGAAGCUGAAGAAUGUUUGUUCUGCCCAGUGAAAGAUCAGCUACCAAGGUAACACUACUGCAUCACAAUAACGGAGGUGAAGACCUUCUAAAUGAACUCAUGCAUCACCUGUGCUCUGCUAUUGUUUGCAACUGGAGCUGCCAAGAAAUCUGAUAAAGGUCUAAAAUUUGACUUUAGAGAUUGUGGUACAAAAUGGGAGUACUAUUAAGCCCCGACUUUGGUAAUCAGAUUUACGACUAUGUAUUUGAGGAUGGUAAAACUGUAUCCUGGUAUUGUUGCCAUCAGUUGCACAUACUUUUUUUUCGUGGGGAGCGGGGUGGGGGUGAUGCGUUUUUAUCUAUAUGAACAAUCUUUGAGGGACGUUUUGAUGACAAAUAAGGCUGAUGAUAUCUUGCAGAAACAUAAAAGGGCAAGAGUUUUUGCACCUGUGUGGAUUCCAGUUGACUUGCUUUGUUUAGAUGAUUUUGGAGUAUUAAAUAAAUGAGCAAGUUGUUUAUGUUUCUAUAA